AAAGGUUGAGAGUUGACUUAACCUCAACUCAAAAAUGGAGUUUCAUUCGUGAAAUUUUUAGUUCAUUUCCUUGUUUAAUCACUGUUUAAGACAAAAUUUGAGACGUUUCGGAAAGUUUACUUGCUUACUGCCAUUAAAAAUGAUUCAAGAAAGCCGACCAGAGCAUGUUUCUCAAAGGAAAAAAGUUUUAGCUGAAAAACUUUCAAAGGAGCAAGCAAAUUUAUCAUUUUUGAAAGACAGUUUGACGAAAAGCGACGAUUUGACGGAAAAUAUGCGUGGUAUUUUGUCAUCAUUUAACGAACGCUUAAGCAAGCUAGAAGAAAACAUUUUACCUGUGCAUAAAGAAACUGUUGAACUACAACGUCGACAAAGAAAUAUUGACAAAGUUUUACGAGGGUUGGAUAAUGUUAUCAGUUAUCACAAUGUUGCUUCGAAAGAAGACCAGGACAUCAGAGAUGGACCUGGUGCUGAUGUCGAUAGUUACAUACAAAGCUUGAUAAAAGUUCAAGAUGCCAUUAAAUUUUUUGAAGACAAUAAUCCCAACAGUCCUGAGUUAUCCCUCCUUACAUCAUUAAUGGAAACAGGACGUGAACAAAUGGAACGUUCAUUUAGACAGUUCCUGGCGCUAAACAGUAGUCCUCUCGAAGCUGAAACAUUGAUUGAUUUAUUGAAUUCUAACGAAGAAACAGAAGAAUCCACGCCUCAAUUUAAACCUAUAAAUGACGAAGCUAUAGAAGAUUUGAGUAAAAUAGCGGCUUGGCUGGUCACAGAAGCCCAAUCUAAAGAUUUUAUGAAUGUGUACAGUCAAAUUCGAUCAAGUGUCUUAAUGAAGACCUUACAAGGAUUAGUCGAGGGACAUUCGCUAGGAAAGAUAGAAAGUUAUUCACCUGCCAACAUUAUGAUCAGUCCGAAGUUGAAACAGUUGAGUGGCAUCACUCCUCAAAGAAAAUCAACUAUGAAAAGAAAUCUUGUGCGUCGUGUACCAUCGAAAGCGUUUGAAUACACAGGAAAUCGGAAAGUCAACUCACCUGCUGCAAUGUUCGAUUCGUCAACAUCCAAAGAGGAUGAAGAUGAGAUAGAAGCUGGUCGAUUCAUCACUCUUUUAAAACUUCUCCAGAGUGAACGGACAUUGAUAAAUUUGAUCAUUUGUAAAGAACAUAGAGAUGGUAUUUUUGACGUUCUCAUUCAAAAUUUGAUUGAAACGUUGAUUUUCGAGGGAGAAGUCAUGGAAAAUUCGGCACGAAAAUUAAUUGCGAAAAGAGAAUAUUUCUCUCUGUUGCCUCUUCUUCCCGUGCUCAAGUAUGUUAAAUCUGUGUUGCCCUUGUUCUCUCAAGCAUUACAGGGAGUUCGUAAUCCAACUCAGCAAGCAAUCCCAAAUCUUUUUGUUAAUUUGGAGUCCGUGGGAGCUAAAGCUUUGGAUGACUUUACUGAAAAUAUCAAGCAUGACCCGGACAAGCAAUCAAAUAUGCCUAAAGAUGGCACUGUUCAUGAGCUCACAAGCAAUACUUUGAUAUUUCUUGAGCACCUGUUGGGAUAUACGGACACUGUUGGAAAUAUGCUCUUAAACUCAGAAUCUGUAAUGGAUCCACGAAUUGGUGACAGUGUAUCACCUAAAACUCUUGUUGCUCGAUACUUUGGUCGUGUUCUUGGUGCUCUUGGAUUAAAUCUUGAACUGAAGUCGAAAAGUUACGUUACAAUGUUGGGUCAAGUUGCCCUGUCUGGGAUAUUCUUAUUAAACAAUUAUAACUACAUUUUGAAAGGAUUGCAGAGAACUGGAGUUUUGUCUUUAAUGUACGACGGAGGCUUUAGAAAUGUUGAGAAUCAGUAUGAACAGUUGAUUGAAGACCAAAAAAUCACUUAUCAAAAAGGAUGGGCGAAAGUGAUGAAUUAUCUCUUGGAAAUGGAUAAACCAUUUACUCAAAGUAAAGACUCGAAACUUGGACCCCGGCAGAAACAGUUGAUUAAAGAUAAAUUCAAGGGUUUCAACACUGAAUUUGAAGAGAUAUGUCAAACUCAAAAGAUUUACGCAGUUCCUGAUGAAAAUCUUCGAGAGCAAUUACGACAAAAAAACAUUGAAUUAAUCGUACAGAAUUAUCGAUCUUUUCAAGAGAAGUACAUCACAAUACAAUUUACUAAGAGUGUGGACAAGUACAUCAAAUAUACUCCCGAAGAUGUUGAAAAAGAGCUGUCAACUUUAUUUGAUGUUUCUGCUUAGCAAAGGAGCUGCAUAUUUUAUGAUUCAGGUAGAUUAAUAGAACAAUUCUUUUGCAUUAAAUACGAAAUGUUAAAUUGUGAUGUUUGGCAUCAUCAUCAUUUACUUCAUGAUCAUUUACUGAACAAUGUGAUUUAGUACUUAGUACUUGAUCAAGUAAGCCUUGUUUCGGGGACUGUGGAGCAUUUUUUACUGGGGGGGAGGGGGCUAUUGAUCCCUUAAGUUGAGUGUAUUUAGGGAUCUGAGGACAAGUUUCAAAUCUUUAGUCAUGAAUCAGUGGGGGUGUUGUAAUUUAUUUUGCCAAAUGUAGAUCAAUGCUUUUGUGCUCAAACUGUACAUGUCAUACCAUUGACUUGAUAAAACAUUACUCUAUGGUAUAGUAGACAUUAAAAAUACUAGCUAGUUACAAUUUUAUCAUUAUCAUUAUCUAAAAAUAUUCAGAAAAUUCAUGCGUGCAUUAUUAACUUGUUAGUUCCACAAAACUGUUGUACAAAUUGUUAGUCCAUUAAUUGUGGCUUUUCAAUAGAAACGGUUCAUCCUUCCUGUAAAUGAACAUGAGUUUGUGAUUCAAUAAAUGAAAAACAGGAA